AUGGCUACCAAACUAUUGACAAUCAGCUUUGUAUUGACCAUUAUUAUUAUUGUCAUAUUGGUCAACAAUAAUCAUCAUGUUGAUGGAACAAUUUUAAGCCGAUUAUUGAUGAGACGUGCUAUGCGACGAAUGGGUGGUGGUGGUAGUUUUGGUGGCUAUGGUGGAUAUCCUUAUCCGAUGAUUAUGCCGAUGGGUGGACCAAUGCUUGGUAAUCCAUUUGGUGGAAUUGGCGCUAUGGCUGAUGCUAGACUUAGAUUGCGUAAAGGUGGCUAUGGUGGUAUCCAUAAUGGCCGUAUAUAUGGAGGCGGAUUUGGACGUCGCGACGGAGGAUAUGGAAGUAUUGGACCAGGUGGUAUUUAUGGUGGUGGCUUUGGACGACGAUAA